CAUGGGCGGCGGGGCGGCGCGGCCCCGCUGAGCCCCGGACACCCCCGUUCCCCCGGGAACUCGGCUCCGCUGCAUCCCGGCUCCUCCGAUAACCCGGUACUCGGGCAGCCCCGCAGCUCGGUUCCACGGCACCCCGCAGCCCGGACGCCCCCGGCAGCCCGGACACCCCCGGCAGCCCGGACACCCCCGGCAGCCCGCGAACUCGGCUCCGCUGACCCCGACUCCCCGACAGCCCGGUGCUCCGGCGCCCCGGGAACUCGCACCCGCAGCACCGCAGCUUCCCGGCACCAAGUGCUCCGGUUCACUCUUAGCCCGGUCCCGCGGGCUCCCCCAUAGCUCAGCACCCCCAUCUCCCUCGGUACCCCAGAACUCCAUCUCCCCGUUAGCCCCGGUUCUCACCGCUCCCCCGACCGCCGGGCUCCCCCGGGACCGCGGCCAUGGCGUUCAUGGUGAAGAGCAUGGUGGGGGGGCAGCUGAAGAACCUGACGGGUGGUCUGGGGGGCGAGGAGAAGAGCGAGAGCGAGAAGUCCCCGGCCGAGGCGCAGGGCAUGACCCGCGAGGAGUACGAGGAAUAUCAGCGGCAGCUGGUGGAGGAGAAGAUGGAGAGAGACGCCCAGUUUGCCCAGCGCAAGGCGGAGAGGGCCACGUUCAGGUCCCACUUCCGAGACAAGUACAGGCUCCCCAAGAAUGAAACGGAUGACAACCAGAUCCAGCUGGUGGGAGGCGACGUGGAGCUGCCCAAAGAGCUGGCCAAGAUGAUCGAGCAGGACAACGAGGAGGAGGAAGAGAAGAACUCGGUUAUCGGCCAGCUCAGCAACAUCCAGAACCUGGACCUUGACUCCUUGAAAGACAAAGCUUCGGCCACACUAGAGGACCUGAAGCAAUCGGCUGAGAAAUGCGUGGUGAUGUGAGGCGGCUGAAUGCCUCCUCCCCAUCAACAUGACGGUGGGGCAGAAGGGAGGGCUUGCAGCGAAGGGUCUGGCGGUGGCUGUUGCCUGCAGCGGGGACCCCACUGAUGUUGUCACCCUUGCCUUGUGUGAGUCGGGUCCUCCUUCUGAGCCGUGUGAGCCUCAAGUCCCUGACCCAAACGUCCCUGAUGUGUGGUUUUUGUUUUGUUCUCUGGUCUGAGGUUAGAGCAAAGAGCCAGCAUGUCCCCUCCAUACCCCAACGCCUCCUCCUGUGCCCGUGGCAGUGUGUCUUUAGCGAGAGCUGGGUGGGUUGUAGGGAAGGGAAGCCCUGAGUGACCUCGGAGUGUUACUGAACCACAUCAGUGCGGGAAGGCAAAGGCUUUCCAGCAGCGCUGUGGCCAUACACCGUGUCUCUGCCUACACACUUCAUCCAAGCCUCCUAGAAAUGACAGAGAGGCUCCAAAUUUCUUUGCAAGAAUGAGGCACAAUGUGAAAUACCUCUCCCCUCCCACCUCAGCCUGCAUCCCUUACCCGUCACACAAAAAAUGACAUCUCAUCCAUGCAAGAAAUACCAACUGCUUUUUCCUUGAGGAUCCCCCCCAAAGGAGCCAGCUGGGAAGGAUCCCAUUUUGCCCAGCAGGAAGGGGGGUGUUGAGGACAAGAGGGAUAAAACCUGAAUUAAUGCCAGAGAGGAAUAAACCCCCUCCUCAGUGCUCAUCUGAACCCACACCAGCCCUUCCCCAGAGUGGCAGUGGCACACCCUCCCUCUCCCGGGGUGGGAUCCACUCGUGUCCUUGUUCCUCCCAGGAGAACAAAGUGAUAAGGGAAAAUCUCCUCCUUUUCUGCUGUGCUGUAGUUGUGCGCUGUGCUCAGCUGAGUGUCUCUCCACCUCCUAUGCUGUCCCCGUGCCAUGGUACUGUUUAACCGAUGGAAUAAAUACCAGGAGAUGUCUAUGCAUCUA